AUGAAAGCUUUCUGCGAGCAACAGGGGGCUCCGAUUUCCGGCAGGGCUUUAAACCGAGGCCCCCGCAGCUGGCGCCCGCAGGGGCUUCUCUUCUGUACCUCCAACCACGCUCCUCGCGUGCAGAACUCCGAGGAUGAUGGAUGGACCAGGAGGGCAAGAGUGUGGGAGACCCAGCACCGCUUCGUCGCGAACCCUACGGGCCCUGCCGAGCGGAAGGGUGACGAUGGCCUCAAGGCCCGGAUCCAAGGUGGAGCCUUCAACGCCGAGGUCCUGUACUUUGCCAUGGGUCUCUAUGGCUCCCUCAAGGAACGGUACAACCCCGGCACGAUGUUGAUCCCCAUGCCGGCUGAGAUGCGCGAGGUGCAGGACGAGCUCGCCAAGUCUGGGGCGCAGCGGUGUGCCUCCGAUUUCAUCGAGAGCUGCUGCGACAUCGUCGACGUGUACCAGGAAGGCAGCCCCUGGGGAGCCGUCAAGGAGAUGUGCCGGGAGUUCUUGGGCUUCGGGUCGAACGAGAUGUCCAAGGUGAACAUGGCGCUGACCCGGGCCAAGAUCAAGCGCCACGCCGCAUGCAGCAAGAACAUCGCCCUCGGACCCAAUGGUGCUCUCCGACUGAAGCCAGAGUUUGCAAACAGGGAUCCCUUCGCUCGCCUGGCGUAG